CUGGUGACCCCGACCAAGAAGCUGAACUCGAAGGAAACAUUAUGGAAGAAAAAAAAGCAAGAAGAAAUUAUCAGCGGCGAAAAUAUAAGCGCAAUCUCUGUACAGUCAAGACUACUACCGUUUUGGCGCGAAUAUCCCAGAGCCUGGUUUAUUCAAUUCGAAGCCGUCGUCGACCCGCUUAAGACAUCCGAUGACCAAAAGUUUCGCUACGUUCUGCAACAACUUCAAUCAAGCGACCUCCAACAUCUCACUGAUAUUUUAUAUCAGCCACCCGCCGUUGAUAAAUACCAAGCAGUGAAGACACGACUACUUGCCGCCUACGAAAAAUCCGACGUCAAGAAUUUUCAAAAACUCAUCAGUGGUCUGGAACUCGGAGACCAGAAACCUUCGCAACUCUUAAGAAAAAUGCGAGAAUUGAGUAGCGGCAUGGUAACAGAUGAAGGACUUAGAAUCGAAUGGUUGAAUCAACUGCCCACUCAAGUCCGUGUCGUACUAUCGGUGAACACGGAGGCUGCUUUAGACACACUCGCCGCGAUGGCCGACAAAAUGUUAGAGUACACUGAACGUCCCAACAUCUCCGCAGUGUCAUCUUCGAGCGCAACAACCUCUUCUACACAAUAUGAAGCAUUAGCGAAGCAAAUCGAAAAACUUACCCUCGAAGUUGCUGAACUACGACGUGGUCGUGCUCCGUAUCGCCAAUAUCGCCGUCCCUUUCACUCACGCUCACGCUCGCAUUCGAGAUUACGCAAGACCUCAAAAGUAAAGCCGGGAGAUGCUACAUGGGAAUGCAAGUAUCACUUCCGAUUCGGAGAAGAAAAUCCAGUUGCCGACGCAUUAUCACGGCUAUAUGAAAUCGACUGCCCCACGACUAUCGACUACGAACAACUUAGCGCGGACCAGCACAUAGAUGAAGAAUUGAAAUUAUUGAAGAAACAACCCAAUCUGAAAUUUCGAGAAACACGAGAAACAACCCAAUCUGAAAUUUCGAGAAACACGACAGUCAGUACUUCAGGAGCAACGAAUACGGUGAGAGGAGUUUCAUCGAAGCGCACAGUUCCAGAACAGCCUUAUACAACAAGAAGUGGUCGCAUUGUUAAGAAAACUGUACGCUUCUCUUGA